UUUCAGUCCAGUUUGCUUAACCUUUAAUAUAUCAUCUUCUUCGUUUUUUGGGCAACUCAACCCCACCUCCUUCCUUUCUUGUUAGCUCAAUUUAUUUACUGGUGAAGAAAUUGGAGUAAAAAUAUCUUGGUCCAUAUCUCUACUUCUUUGGAGCUCUAAGGGUUCUAUCACGGUGGAUUAUGGAAAAUCGGAGAACGUGUUGUUUGCAGUUCUUUUGCUUGAUUUUGAUCGGCUUGUUCGCUUCAGAGAUAUACGCUUUUCCCAGCAUUGUGAGUGAUAUAAUCUAUGAGACCUUUGAUGAAUCGGUUCAGGAGAGUUGGAUUGUGUCUAUAACUGAAGACUAUUUAGCAAAAUCUAAAGAUAUCGUAGAAAUGGAUAGCAAAGGAAUUUUAAAGAAACCAAGAUUUUUAUGUCUUCAUGGACAUGGCUCAAAUGCUACAUUACUUAAAGACCAUUUUAAAAAUUGGCCAGAUUUUGUGCUUGAAAAAAUGGAUUUUGUAUUCAUCAAUGCUCCAUUCCCCGUAGAUGAUGGCCUUUUUGAAUGGUUCACCUCGAAUGAGGAUCAUACCAACUUCGAAAACUUUGAUGAGGGCAUAGCAUACAUAGAAGAUCGCAUGGUAGAGCUUGGACCAUUCGACGGUGUGCUUGGUUUUUCACAGGGAGCCGUCGUGGCAGGUGCAUUGCCCGGAAUGCAAGCACACGGUGCAUGUCUCACAAAAGUUGAGAAAAUCGAGCAUGUUAUUAUUAUAUCCGGAGCUAAACUUGGAGGGGCGAAAUUUCCAUUACCAAAGCUCGCUGAAACAGCGUUCUCUACUCCGAUAAACAUUCCAUCACUCCAUAUUUUUGGUGAGACUGACAUUGCAAGGGAAGAUGCACCAGAACUCGUGAAAGCAUAUGUUGAUCCUCUUGUAAUAUUCCACCUUGGUGGUCAUGAGGUGCCAAAAUUAGAUGAAGAUGGAUUGAAGAUCAUGUUUGAGUUCCUUAAGAAGAUUAAGGCAAUUGUUUGAUGAAGAGGUUCUUUUGUAUUGGAAUAUUUAUAUUUUAGUACAAAAUAAUGUUUUUCGUCACCAAAUUGUAAUAACGGCAUUAAAUAUGAACAAUAAAUGCAAUAUGUAAGAAUAAAGUUUUAAAUCGAGUUAUUAUAUA